AUGGAAGCAGAAAUAAAGUUCAAAUUUGUACUAUUAGGAUCGUCUCCUGUUGGAAAAUCAUCUUUAUUAUACAGAUUUCAUGAUAAUAGAUUUAAAGAAGAUCUUAACCCAACCAUUGGAGUAGAAUUCUUAAUGAAGUCAUUGGAAUUAAAUAAAAAAGCCAUAUAAUUAUAGGUAAAAAUUAUCUAUUAAUUGAGAUUUGGGAUCCUACAGGAUAAUAGCAAUUUAUGACGCUCAUAAAAAGUUAUUUGGCAGGAGCUCAUGGAUGUUUAAUUGUUUAUGAUGUUACUAAUAAGCAAAGUUUUAAAGAAAUUUCUAUUUGGUUAGAAUGUAUAUUACUUCAAACUAUUAGGAUAGAGACGAAGACUUAUACAAAUGCAGAUAUCCCUAUAAUUUUGGUUGGAACCAAAUCUGAUUUGGAUGGAGCAAGAAAAGUUACUACAAAGGAAGGUUAAAAAAUGGCAAAAACUUUAGGCACGCUAUUUAUAGGUAUAUUUGAUAAAUUUAAAUAGAAACUUCUGCAAAGGAUGGAUCAAAUGUUUAGCAAGUUUUUCUAAAUUUGGUAGAGGAAGCCUUAACUCGUCAUGAAAAAUAGAAAAAAUAGGAAGAAACAAAAAACCAAUGAUAUUAUAAAAC